AUGGUGGCGCGCUUCUGUAUUUUGGUCGCCGCGGCGCAGGCGUUCGCGCCGUCGCGGCCGCCGGCGCGGCCGUUGACGGUGCGCGCCGGGCUUCUGAAGGGGCUCGACCCCAUCCUGUCGGCCGAGCUCCUAUUCACGCUCCGCAGCGCGGGCCACGGCGACGUCAUCGCGGUGGUCGACUGCAACUUCCCCGCCGUCGAGUGCGCGUCCAAGACCACCACCGGCGACCUGAUCACGCUGGCGGGCGUCGAUUGCCCGACGGCGCUCGGCGCCAUCGCGUCCGUACUUCCGGUCGACCUGUUCGUCGACGAUCCGCUCAAGCACAUGUCGCCGUCGCCGGGCAACGAGCUGCCGGCGCUCGGGAAGGAGGUGCACGACGACGCCCGGGCCGCGGUCGGCACCUAUUGCGACGCCGAUUGGCAGCCGGUGGAGCGCUUCGCGUUCUACGAGGAGGCGCGGAAGGCGUUCGCGGUCGUCCAGUGCCUCGAGCGGCGGCCCUACGGCUGUUUCCUGAUCCAGAAGGGUGUCGUCGGCCCCGACGGCGCCGACCUCCGGCCGUGA